AUGAAGAUCAGUCUUGUUGCUGCGGCCAUGGCUCUGGCCUCCACUGCAUCUGCCUGGGGCAAGAAGGCCGGCCCCGUUGAGAUUCCCGUGGCUUCUCAUCUGCAGUUUUCUGCCGUCGCCCAGAUCGGCUCCAACUCGGACGUGGAGGCGUCUGACGCCGGAUUUUUCGUCGCCAACACCUUCAUCAACGGCGAAGACGUGCCCAUCAACCUGGUGUUCGAGAACAAGGAGAAGGACCCCAUCUCUGUGGUGGCCGUGGGAGGCACCUUCUACGACCUCAAGACCGACAAGGUGGUGGUCAGCGUCCAGGGCACCCAGGUGGGACCCAUCAAGGUCGACAGCGGCAAGACCGCGGCCCUGACCCACCAGUUCGAGACCAACCUCGAUGCCAAGGUCUACCGAAACGUCAUCCAGGUCUACAUCCAGUACGGCAACGAGGUGUACCAGGUGCACGCCUUUGACGGCCCCGUGUCGAUUGUCGACCCCUAUGUUUCUCCUCUGUCUUUCAAGUUCCUGUUUGCCCAGAUUGUGCUGGGAAUCACCGCCGCUGCUCUGGGAUACUACGUUGUUAACGUGUACGCCAUCCCAUACGCUACCGGCACCUACGGACAGGAGAAGAAGCCCGUUCGAGCCAAGCCUGUGGUUCCUGCUGGCUCCGGCGUCAAGACUGGACCCAAGGGCUACGAUGAGAGCUGGAUUCCCAAGCACCAUCUCGACCAGGAGAAGGUCAAGGUGAAGAAGAGAAGUUAA